UCCAACUAACUCGCCUGGAGCUCGGUGAAUCUGUGAAGACAUCUCGUUUUCCACAAAAACACCUCGCCGCGGCCUUUUGGCGGUCACAGCACUGGAAGUCGCUCCGUAGUUUGUCCCGCAUUUCACGUUGCAACCGUUCCAAACCGCCCAUGGCUUUCCACGCCUGGAGCUUUGCCUUGUGCUUGGCGGUGGCCGUGUCCGUGCGCGAAGAGUCCAUGCAUACCAUGGACUUGCUCCUUGAGAGUGAUGAGUAUUUGGAUGAGGAGAUGAAGUUGGUGCCCGCCAAGAUCAGCAAAGCCAUCCGUCGCACCCUGCGCCUCUCUAAGGAAGCCACAGAGAAGGCGGAGAAGAAGAAGAGCACGAUGACAGCAGAGAAGGAGGAGCAAGAGAAGAAGGCCGCCGAGGCAGAGAAGAAGAGCGACGAGAGCGACAAGGCCGCGGACGAGGCCUCGAAGAAGAGGGAGGAUGCUGAGGAGAAGGUGAGGGAAGCCAACAAGGCCAUGGAGACUCAAAACGAGGCUCAAAGUGCAUGGAAGGCAGCGAACACCAAGCUCCAGGCACUGGAAAAGAAAUACAAAGAAGAAGACAACGCGUACAAAGUGCUAUCCGCGAAGGUCAAGAAGGAGGUUGGAGCACUCAUUGACCAGAAGAACAAGGCGAAUAUUGCGCUACAAGCCUUGGCCAAGCAGAAGUCCGACGAAGCCGCGGCCGUGGAGAAGUUGAAAUCCGAUGUGACGGCCAAGGGCGGCAUCGCUAUGGAGGCCUCGGAAAAGGCGGAGGCGGCCACGGAGGCCAUGGAGGAGGCAGAGAAGAAAGCCACAGAGAGCAAAUUGGCGGCGGAGGAGGCUCAAGCUGAAUUGGUGGAGGCAAAGGCCAAAGCCGAAGCCGCAGAGCAGAAGUUCCUGGAUGCAAAGGGCAGCUUGGAGAAGACGCUGCAGGUGGCGAGCUUGGUGGAGGUCCGCGAGAGUGUUCAGGCGUUCUACGAUGCCAUCGACAAGAGCACCAAGAGCAUGGAAAAGGAGUACGAAGCCACAGAAGGGCAGCAAGAUGCCAAGCCUGCGCACGAACUCUUGCGCAGCGACCCCAACGUCAAGGCAGCCUUGGUCUCCUACAACGAGAUGGUUUUGACCUUCCGCCGGCUGCACGUGAAGUCCAAGGACUUCUACACCUUUGUGGCUGACAGCGUGGGCGAGAUCCACGAGAACGCUGAAGCGGCCCUGCAGCUCCAAUGCGACCCCACUGAGGAGUUGGAGCGAGCAGCCAAGAAGUCCAAGGAUAAAACGGAUUUCUUCCAGAAGUGUGGCAGCGGUGUGUGGAAGGACCUCAAGCUUGAGCAGCAGCGCUUCCCACACUUGGAGAAGGGUGCCAUCCGAGCUGAUACCGUGGUCAAAGAGGAACCCAAGGCGGAGGAGUCCGCCUGAGUCUUUGCGGAGCUUCGCACCGGAACAACCACCGAUGCUGCUCCUGCAAUCGGCACGCGUAUGUGGGUGUGGACGGGGGUCGCAAGAAUGCAAGGAUUUGGGGAAACAAAUUCUUAAUAAGCUGCAACAAAAAAGAACAGCAGCACUGAAUCAAAGACUUUGCAUGGUCGUGUCCUUGAUGGCUUCGCGCCGAGUUGCUGAGGACUAUGAACCGCUGACCACAGGCCGUGACCAAAUGGAGCACGUGAAUUCACUGCUCUAAACAGACUGGCCUUGACUCGAUUCCACCCGCCUGACUGGCAAAAGAAUGCUAGAAACCGUGCGUGCAACCCUGCUCCAAGCUUUUUAAGCAUGCUUGGUCCUAAAAAAUGUGCUUGAAGUCAAGAGCUUCGAUAUUUGUUCCCUCAGGGCGUUCUCGAUUUGGUGGGGAUUAAAGUCGGCUACUCUCAGGCUUUCCGGUAUAUAUAAUGACCUGUGGUUCUGCAUAUUGUUGUCGGCACAUGGCCUAGCCUAGCAUGAGUCCUAG